CGCCAUGAACAGCGUCGGGGAGGCUUGCACCGACAUGAAGCGCGAAUACGACCAGUGCUUCAACAGCUGGUUUGCCGAGAAGUUCCUCAAGGGGGACGGUUCCGGGGACCCGUGCACCGAUCUCUUCAAGCGUUACCAGCAGUGUGUUCAGAAAGCAAUAAAGGAGAAAGAGAUUCCUAUUGAAGGAUUGGAGUUCAUGGGCCAUGGCAAAGAAAAGCCUGAAAAUUCUUCUUGACCUUGCUUGUCACCUUGAAAAUGGAUUCCUCAUAUCAGGAAAUUGAGAGGACUUUGGAAUUUGUCAGCUUAAGGCUAUGAAGUCAUUACUAUUUAAUGAGUUUGGGAGGAAGUUGCCUCUUCCUCCCAAGUGUAAAGAUGCUGCUUUGAGAUGAUUUCUCACUUGCUUUGGCAUCUCACAGGAAUUCACUGUGCUAAAGUGAACAAUUUCUUGGGAUAUGGUUGCAAUAUAUGGUCUGGAAUCAACUUCAAAUAUACCUUCUGCGUAAAUCAUGAUAAGCUAGUCAAGGUGAUUGGGGCUCCUUGACCUUUGAUUUCUGCUGCAAAGGACAUUACAUAUACAGUAUGGGGGUCCUUGUUCAUGAAAGUAGUCAGGACCUUUUUGUUUCCUCAGGGAGCUAAUGCUCUAAAAAGGGAUCCAAGCAAGUUUUGAUCAAUACUUGGAUUUACUUCUAUAUGACAUUUAAGAUUGCUGAUGGCUUGGGUUAACAAAGAGGAAGACAGCUUUUAAUAGCUUAGCAAGAGCUGUCUGAUUUAAAAUGUGAAUGCUGCAAGACCACUGAAAUGAAUACUGUCUCAGUUCACAGCAAAUAAUUGAAUAUAAUACAUGGAAUGGCUACUGAAGAACCUAAAUUACAAAGAUUCGCUGCUAAUGGCUUCCAUCUGAAUUAAGUCAAACUGCAUUAUAAACAGGAAAAACGCAUCUGCUUAAAUGUGAGAGAUGGGUGCUUUGGUUUAUUUUUGUUUGUCUAGCCUACCCUAUGUCUAUACUCAUCAAGAUGAAAUAAAUUCUAACAUUUAGUUUU